AUGCUGGGGACCCUCUGCACUCUCAUCACUGCUCUAACAUGUGUGAGUGGUGUGACGGUGGUGACACAGAAGCCUCCUGUUGUGACAGUGAGGAAAGGAGAUACAGUCACCAUGGACUGUGAUGUUUCUACAGAUGAUGGGGCUCGCUGGUAUAAACAGAUUCCAGGAGGCACUUUUCAGUUCGUGCUGAGGUUUCAUUAUAGCUACGGCUCUCCAUUAUAUGGCUCUGGUUACUCCACUCCAAAAUUCACAUCUAGUCAUCUGUCUGGAACAGAGUAUCCCUUGACCAUUAACAAUGUAGCAGAGGGAGACUCAGCAGUCUAUCACUGUGAAACAUGGGAUGGCUCGGAGAAUGUACACAGCUCCAGCCUCUCUCCUCCUGUCCUGACAGUCUUCCCUCCGUCCAGUGCUGAGCUCCAGUCCAACGAAGCCAAUCUGGUCUGUCUGUCCAGUCAGUCUGUGCCUUUUGCAGAUGUGACCUGGUUGUCUGCUGGGAGUCCAGUGAGCAGUGGGAUCUCUACCAGCACCGCUGUUCAGCAACCAGACCAGACUUUCCAAAUCAGCAGCUAUCUGUCCAUCCAGACGUCAGACUGGAACAUGGAUAAGGUUUACACAUGUAAAGUGUCUUUGGGCUCACAGACUUCAGAGACAAACAUCAACAAGUCAAAGUGUCCCACUGAAGAAUAGUAGAGGAGCAGAAUGAUCAUUUAAAAUCAGCUUCUUUACUGUUUGUGCUGUUUGUUCAUUA